AUGUUCCAACGAACCAUCCUUCGACAGGCUCAGGCCGCCCGCUCCAUCCUCUCCACCUCCACUUCCUCCACCGCACCGCUGGCGCUGCGAUGGACACAACAAUCGCGUGUGCCGGCUUUCCGGCAAUUCGCUCCCCAGUCUGCCCGCCUCUACUCGACAGAGAACAAGGAAACCCCCGAAGCCGAGAAGGCUGAAAACGCCGAGGCUGAGGACCCCGUCAAGAAGGAGCUCGAACAGAAGACAAAGGAAGCUAUUGAGUUCAAGGACAAAUGGCUCCGCGCUGUGGCCGACUCUCGCAACGUUGUUGAGCGCAACAAGCGCGAAAUGGACGGUGCCCGCAAGUUCGCUAUCCAGGGUUUCGCCAAGGACCUCCUCGACAGCAUCGACAACUUUGACCGCGCGCUGCUGGCCGUGCCCGCGGACAAGAUCGCCGCUCCCAAGACUGAAGAGAACAAGGACCUCCAGGAGCUCGUCGCCGGUCUCAAGAUGACCCAGAACAUCCUCCUGAGCACCCUCCAGAAGCACGGUCUCGAGCGCUUCGACCCCGGCGAGCAGAUCGACGGCAAGGCCCAGAAGUUCGAUGCUAACUUGCACGAGGCUACAUUCAUGGCCCCUGCUGCCGGCCUUGAGGAUGGUGAUGUUAUGCACGUCCAGAGCAAGGGUUUCCGUCUUAACGGCCGCGUUCUGCGGGCUGCUAAGGUUGGUGUCGUCAAGAACGCCUAA